AUGGAGAAGUACAGGAGAGGUAAGGACAUGGAGCUGCCAGGCACAUUAUCCAGGGCACAGCUUUCACAGAGCACACCAGAAAUGACCGGCCUAGAGUGUGUUUCCAUGCACAUGGAAAGGGAUACAUAUACUGAACUGGUUAUCAUCGUAAUCCUCAUUGGUCAUAUAAACACAGGCCCUGGGACCACGCCGAACAUAAAACAAAUUGUGAUUGGACGAUGUUAUGAGUACAUUACCCUGGUAAACCCUAGUUAUAGCUAUAAAUGUGAGGAGAUAUGGCACGAGUUUGAGGAAGCAGUGGUUCGGAGAACACCAUGCAGUGUGAGAGUGAAAGACUAUGAGAGAAUGUUUCAUGCUGCUCUUCAGACUCCUCCCUGUGACAAACUGCUGUUCUGGAGCAAGACACGAGAGCUGAUGCAGAGCUAUCUAGCUGUCACAGGAAGCUUUUGGACCUUGGAGGAUACACUGGUGGGAUUCAUGUUCAAGGACCUCAUCUGGUGUGGUCAGCAGGAAAGAGACAGAGGCUUUGAUUUUCAUUCUUGUCCAGAAUGGUCAACGUGUGUGAGCCAUCCUGUGUACUCACUGUGGAAACGAGCAUCACAAAAUUUUGCUGCAGCAGCCUGUGGAAAUAUUACAGUGCUCUUAAAUGGAUCCAUUGAAAAUGCAUUCAACAGGAACAGCAUGUUUGGGAGUGUGGAGCUGGACAAUCUGAACCCCAGGAUGGUGUCCCAUGUCCACAUUAAAGUUGUUCCGAACUCCGAAGGCCCAUUUCUAGAGUCCUGUUCCAAGGGUUCUGUUCUCAGACUGAUAGGUGUUCUGCAGACCCGAGGGUUCCACUGGUCCUGCACAGACAGCGGUGUGUAUUUAUAUCGACAACCAACCAUUGUAUCUAUCAUUGUUUCUGUGAGUAACCAAUAAAUUGUAUAUUUAUGUAGCCCAGUUAGGGUUAUUACUAAGUACAGCAACACCUAUUUACUUAGCCCUCUAUGGGACUAAUCAUGAAAUCACAGCUGGAAAAAAUAAAUUACCUUAUAUUUUAAGUGUAUUUAAGGCUAAAAUGAUUUUCCUAAAUUUGUUUUCUACAUUUGACCUUUGACCUUUUUUUUAGGGUGCCAUCAUUUAUAACUGACUUUGUCCCAUUAGGGUAAAUGCUUUUUGGCAAAUUGUCUGAAACUUCACACACAUUCAAAUGCAUUUUCACUGUCUAGAAAUUAGUGAAACAAUGUCAUUCUAUUUUGUUUUGUGCUACAAUAAUUGAUUUGGAACUCAUGUGAAAAUCAACAAGACAAUUCUUUUUGGAGGUGAAACACAUAACUCAAGUUUUACCUGUGCAGUCAUUAUUUUUGCAGCAUCCCUGCUUGUCAGUGUAGUGAAGCCAAUGAUCAAUGGCACCUUUCCUGAACUCCAGUUGUGGUAUGGAUUCUCUUCUUUGUUUCUUCUUUGACACUGACUCUCCAGAGCUAGGUUGGCCACUUUUCACUUUGCCUGUGCCUCGCAUACAGAGGACAUCUGUAGCUGCUGUUUUGAACUCACUUAAGCUGAGUUCCUCACUUUGUUGAGGACAAGAAUCAUUGUCUGCUGUACCGUAGUACAGCAGCCAUGCAUUUACACACAGUACAUCUAAGAUGUGAAAGAAAAUGCGAAUGUAUCAUUUCUGUGAUCGAAUAUUUGUUCGGUAUGAUGCAAGCAAGGAGUGCAUCAGAUCAACACCUCCCAUGUUUUUAUUAUACAUCAUGACAGAUGAUGGACAUUUCACAUUGAUGAUCUGAUUUGUCCACCUGUCCCAGCUUUGCAAAGUAGAAGCUGGGUAGGCUCUAGUGAAUGUGCUCAGUGGCUGUCUUGCCAUUUGCUGGUGAUUAUUUGCACAUUUUCACAUAUGGCUACCUUCUCAUCAAAAGUGCCCCAUCCAACCUUUUUCAUUUCCUUAUCGGUUUUCAGUGUGCACCCUUUCAAUCUGUUGGUUCUCACUGUGCCAAGGCAGUAGAUCCCUCUCUUUGCCAUUUCAAAGUGUACACCUUCUUCAAAGUGGGCGGAAUGAAGGCCUAUACCUGUGAACCAAUUGUCAUGGUACAGCUUGACAUUCUGAUGUGGGGGUAUGAUGGAUGCCAGAUGUAGGACUAUGUUGCUGCUGGCUCCCAGGUCAGGCAUCCCGCUGACUGGUAGUAUCCUGCCUUUCGAGUCACAAAGCAUGUUCACGUUGUACCCCCACUUAUGGGGCUUGCUGGGGAUAUACUGCUUCAAUCGACUUUUUCCUUUUUAUGGAAUUAUUCGCUCAUCAAUUGAGGAAAGGUCUUAUUUUGAAGAGCGGAUCUCGUUUUGGAUCAUCACUGCUGAGGUCUAAAGUGUUGUCAUUGAAGUGGAGGUUGCUCUUGAUUUGUUCCCAUCUUUUCAUUGGUAUUAUAUCAGCUAUCUUGUCAAUGUGUGUGUGUGUGUGUGGGUCUGCCAGCACAUGCGUGUUGCAGGAACUUUUUAAAGCAGUCCCAAUGAACUGUUCAAUUUCUUUGUCAGGUUGUGUACUGUAUUCUGCCUUUUGGCCACCAGGUGGCAACUCUGAGGACUUUCUAUUAGGCCUGUCACCCAGUUAAUGUGUCUCACCUGGUUCUUGUUUAGCCUGUGUAUUUUAGUUGCCUUUCCUGUGUUAGUCUUUGUUCAGUCUUUGCUUUGCUCUUGCUGUAUGUAAGUUUCUGUCUUGCCUUUUGUGAAUUAUUGAAAUUUUUUGUGAGUUUUGGUAUCUUUUGAGUGUUGU